CAUUCCUGCCUUCUGAGAGGGCACUAUGGUGCAAGGAGUGGUUAUAGGAGGCAGUGUUUUAAAUCUGUAAAAGUGUAGCCUUAGAAGAGUGUUGUUUGUCCCGUGGAAAGAUUUGGCUAACCGGUAAGGUCCUCUCAUCUUGAAGAUCCUUGCAGUAUUCUUGCUGAGGUGCUAAGAAUAGGAACACAAUGAAAUUUAAACACCUGACUGGUUAAUGUCUCCUCGGAAAAGAAUUACUGGCAACCUCAGAAUCAGAUCUUCUAAAUCGUUUGCUAACUCAUCUGAAGAGACAUGGGCAUCUGGAUUAUCUUACCCAUCAGUCUCAGUGGUGUCUCAUUCAUUGGAUGCUGGACGGUGUAUGGACUUGCAUUAAGAUUCCACCACAUCUGCUCACUCAGUAAUUGGGAAUACAACAACUCAUGUCUGACAAAUGAUAAUGGAAGUUGCUGUACAGGAAAUCACAUACCCACAAUAAGUGGCAGUGGAACCAACUUUCCAGAAAAUUCCCUGUUUAGUGCCACAAUCAAUGGAGCUUCAUUUUUAUUUGUGGUCUUCAGUAUUUUCCAUCAUGCACAUAUUCUGAAGUGCAAUGUGCACACUUUCAUCAGUAAAUGUGCCAUGGUCUUUGGUUGUCUCGCUGGAGUUGGUGCCUUUAUAGCUGGAAACUGCAAUCCUGGUGAGCUUAUGUUUCUGCAUAGCCUAGGUGCUGCUUUGAGCUUCGUGUGCAUCUGCUUCUACACGGUGCUGCUCACGUUUCUGACAAGCAGGUGUAUGUUAACUGGACUAGAGCGCUUCCUCUACCCAAUACGCAUUGUGUUCUCCAGCAUCCAGGUCACAUUGACCAUUCUCUACUGCAUCUUCUUUACUCAGAAGGAGUUCUACUACAGGCACAUCUCCGCCAUUGUUGAGUGGACCCUCAGCAUGAACCUGGAGCUCUUUGAACUCAGCUAUGUGGUGGAGUUUUACUUCUUCUCAUCUGCAAUGCUUUCAGUACUUCUCUCAAACAGUGAUGAAAACACUAUGAUUCUGUCCUGAUGGCUGACAUCGACCAUGCAAAUCUUUGUUGUUUCUUAGGAGCUUGUGUUCAAACUGAAAUGUUUAGACAGGAUGCUCGAGAAGCAAACCUGAAAAUGGGCUUACGAUUCACUUUUGUGACAUAAGCAUAUUUUUUGCACAAAUUCAAGCCUCAGCCUUGGUUGGAAUUUCAUAUUUACAGUAUUCUGUAAAUGUUAAAUAUACGCAGGCUGUAUAUUUUACAGAAUCCUCCCUCGGUAGUCAUUAUAGUCAGCUUAUUUAAUCGAAUCACAAAAUACCUCAAACACUGAAGAAUUUCAUAGAAAUAAAUUAUAUGUACAGUGGGAUGUAAAUUUUGUUAGGACUGGAUAAAGUAUAUAUCUAAUAUUUUGAGAAGCCAAGGCAUAUAGGCUACACAUAUACAGUGCAAGAUCCAUUCUUUACACUCUGCAAUAUGUAAAUGUAAGUAAACAACUCUAUUCUCUACACAAGACAAGUGGCUACAAAACUGAAUUAAUUUAAAGACCAAUAAAUUGUACUGUUUUGUUUGA